GGAGAAGUUCAACUCUUGUCAUUUUUCCAGUGAGCAGGCAAAAGUUGAAUCAGAACAGGCAAUUGCCAUACCGGCCCAACCAGUUUAUUGAAAUCAAUCUCUCUCAUCUCACUACUUUCACGAGCCACCGGAAGCCGGCGAGAAGCAACUUUCACGGCGAGAAGCGGCGCCAGUGCAGACGAAUUGAUCUCCUCCUUGCCAGUUUAGGGUUUUUGAAUUGGGGAAUUUUGGAAACUAGGGUUCAUGAAUUGGGGAUAUUGGAGUUGACUAAUUAGACACGGGACACGAAGCACCGUCGGUACCACCACUGUUACCUGGUCAACGGAGACGGUGGCGGCGGUGUGGCAGCGGAAGUCCACCACCAGGAACAUGAGCGUUGUGGCUGAUUUUUAUUUAUAAAUCUCAUCAAGAUCAAUAUCAGGACCAGUACGUAGUGACAUCUACACCAAUAUCAGCAGCAGCAAAAGGAUCCAAUGGAGUCGUGGUGGGAGUCUGUAUCAAAAGCUCGCUCCCGAAUCCAAACCCUUCUUUCUUUCCUCCCUCCGUUAUUGUCAACCAGCGAUUCUCUAUCCUCCCUAGUGGACUCUGAUCAACCCGCCCGCUCUCUUCUAGACUCAUAUGAAGCCUACUCUGCCAUGUCAUCUGCUCUCUCCGGUUCUGGAGAUGACCCUCUUUGCCAAUGGCUCUACGACACCUUCCUCCAGUCUUCUGAUCACUCUGAAUUAGACUUCCGCCUUGUGGUGGUGUCAUUGGUACCUCUAAUUGCUGGCCUCUAUCUCUCCCGCAUCCACACCUUUUCCACUACCUCCCCUGCCGCCCAUGGGUCCCCGUCCCUUGCUGGGUUUGAAGCUGUUCUCUUGGCUUUGUACUCUUCCGAGGUUAAAUCUCGUGCCGGCAAACCCCUCCUUGUCUCCAUACCUUCUCCUGCUUACCUCUCUCACCAUCCUUCCCUCUAUCACACCCUAACUCCUCAACCUCACCCGUCUCCUUCUCAUAAUAGUAAUUACUUCUCUAGAUCAUCCUCUUCUUCUUCUCCUUCUGGUGUGUCUGGGAAUGGGAUUGAGAUUGGAGUUGGGGUUAUCUCACCUCCUCUAGAACGCCAAAUAGGGAUCCAAUCCACAAAGCGUGCUUCCAUUGUUGGGGUAGCCUUCCAUUGCUUUUUCAAACACAUCUCACAAAUGCCUCUUUGGUCUAAGGUAGAUCUAUGCCGUUUUGCUGCUUUGUGGGCUGGCAAUGAUUGUCCCUGUGCUCAUUCUCUUGACUUCCACUGUAAUACUCCUACUACAACUGCUAAUCGACUAGAUGACUGAUGACAAUGACGAUAAUGUCUCUAUCAGUGAGGAGCUUAUUGUUUCCUCUACCAUUAGCAGCAGCACAACUAGUAGGUCUAGUACCAUUGGAGGUAUCAUUGCUGAAAAUCCACACCCUCACCAAAACGGAGCAGCAGGAAGUGAAAUCAUCCUUUCGGACGUUAUUUCGAGGUUCGAUAUCAACGGCAAGAAUACCACUCACUCCCAAAUGUCUUAUUUUUUCUAAUUCUUCUGGGGGACAUGAACAUGGGCAGGAACAAGGAGAAGGAGUGAGGAUUUUGCUGCCUUGGGAGCUGUUGCAGCCUUUGCUGAGGAUACUGAGUAACUGCCUGUUGGCUCCUGCUUCUAUGAAUAACCAGGAAGUUAAGGACGCUGCUUCUGUUGCAGUGCGGCGUCUUUAUGCCAGGGCUUCUCAUGAUCUGGCUCCUCAGGCUAUACUGGCUACACGAAGCCUUGUUCAGCUUGAUAACCGUGCUCGGGCCACUGCUAAGGCUGCUGCUUUGACCACUUGUUCUUCCAAUGUUAACACCCCGGAAUCUAGUAAGCCUGAGGUCUUCUUGGUCUCCAAGUGAUGAAGAUUCCCAUGACACACUCCUCUCUUUGUUUUAGGAUGGUGCAGAUAGUGGCUAUGGAGCUAAAGCACAGGAAGUUUUGGGGCAGGUUAGAGGAAGGGAUUUUCGCCAUGAGAAAACCAAGAAAAAACGCGGAAGCUACAGAGGAGGACAAAUCGAUCUGGACUCUCAUUCAAUCAAGUUCAAUUAUGAUGAUGAAGAAUGACUUUUUGCUUAAAUGUUCCUGAAAAUGUGGAACUAGCAUCAAAUUUUGGUCUAAUGUUUUCUUACAUUUUUUUUGUACAACCAUUUUGGAUUAUUGAUGAUUGUAAUUGACAUGAUAUUGUUGGCAUACGGAGUACUUGUAUUUCUUUCCUGCAUCUUCAAAGUUCAAAUAUUUAUUCAUUUAUAUUAUUUUACUAGUCUUGCACU